AUGCAGCCAAGGGAGGGCCAGCCAACUUGCAGGGUCAAUCCUAUCGAGCGUAUCCAAUGGUCAUCAGAGUUGCAGGCCAACCACCUAUUUUUAGCGUACACCAAAUCCUCAGUAUAUGUUCAGCUAACGCGCAUUUUCUUGGAGUGCGAUCGGUUGUCUGCUUUCUUGACAUCAGACAGAUACGAAUGGCUUGUACAACAGCUGGAUAGCAAUCAAGUUUACUUUCAGAGUUACUCCAACGCGGCGCGUCGCGCCAGCGAGAUCUUAGCAGCGAUCGCCAGGAUGGUCAACGAGCGCGCCCCCACAACCAGGUGGGAGGAAGUUGAACAUGACUUCAACGGGGUUUGGACAACGGCACACCAGCUGAACAACCUCAAGCAUGCGCUUGACCAGCUUCCGAGCAUGUGCAGGGACAUUGAAACCCUGAAAAAUAGCAUCGCAGAUUUGACGGAGGCCAAUCAGAGCCGCGCUGCCAUUAUUGAAAGCCACGCUGCCACCAUCGCAGCCCUGACGGAGGACAAUCAGCGCCGCGCUGCCACCAUCGCAGAUUUGACGGAGGCCAAUCAGAGCCGCGCUGCCAUUAUUGAAAGCCACGCUGCCACCAUCGCAGCCCUGACGGAGGACAAUCAGCGCCGCGCUGCCACCAUCGCAGAUUUGACGGAGGCCAAUCAGAGCCGCGCUGCCAUUAUUGAAAGCCACGCUGCCACCAUCGCAGCCCUGACGGAGGACAAUCAGCGCCGCGCUGCCACCAUCGCAGAUUUGACGGAGGACAAUCAGCGCCACGCUGCCACCAUCGCAGCCCUGACGGAGGCCAAUGAGAGCCACGCUGCCGCCAUCGAGAACUUGGAAACCCUUAUCAACAUUGCAGAGAAGUAUCUUGCGUUUGUGGAGCACUUGCAGGGUCAGACUUCAAAAACACCAGGUGACUUCUUCAGCGCCAUGGACGCCCUGCGCCUGGCUGGCAAUCAAGCUGCACAUCCAAGCGAGUAUGACGACAAGAACUUGGCGGAUCUUGUAAAGAUGCUCGGCGACUGCUUUGCAGCUGCUCCCGACACCGAAAACUCCGAGGUGAUUCUGUGUGGACUCGAGGCUUUUGAUAUCGCAGCGCAGUCACAAUAA